CAAAUUAAUGAAAUACUAUAGGGCGAUUCGAUUUUCGUGGUUGUUCGAUUUUACGUUUUAAUUGUGAAUAAAAUCACUUAAGUGUGUUACUGCUAAGAAGUGCUGGAAAAUUGGCGCCUCAUGGCUGGAAGAUAUUUAUUACCUACUCGAAAAUAUCAACACACGUUAGCUCGAGUUGCCACUGAAAGAGCCCCUUGUUGUUUUUGCAAAAGAGACGUUGAUGAUGAAUUGUUAUAUGGUAAAUUGUACGCUAUUGGAGACAUACAUUGUCACUAUUUUUGCGUCCUGUUGUCGUGUUGUUUAAUUCAACACGGUAAAGAUGAUGAAGGCUUAUUUGGGUUUUUAUAUCCAGAUAUAUUGGCAGAAGUUGAAAGAAGUAAAAAACAUAAAUGCUCAUAUUGUAUGAAGGAAGGUGCAACUCUGGGUUGCUCUAAAUCACAAUGCAGGAAACAGUUUCAUCUACCAUGUGGACGGAACAAAAAUGCUGUGUCUAUGUUUCAUGGGAAUUUUAAGUCAUUCUGCCAACACCAUGUACCAAAACAGAAAUUACCAAAUAAUAUAUUAGAAAACAUUAAGGAUAGGAAACUAAAGAUGAAAAAAUCCAAAUUAGAUAAUGAUUUGUCUGAAGAUAUACAAGAGAUGGUAUGUGUUAUUUGUUAUGAAAGUGUUGACGCGUUUCCCACAAUACAUACAUUUUGGCCACCCUGCUGCGCUCGCGAUGCAUGGUUCCAUAGAUCAUGUAUACAGCGGAUGGCCUUAAGCGCAGGUGUCCAUUACCUACGAUGUCCUUUAUGCAAUGAUAAAGAAAGGUUCUACGAGGCCGUGUUGAGUCAAGGAUAUUAUGUACCAGACAGAGAUGCGUCGUGGGAAUUGGAACAAAACGCGUUUGCGGAAAUCUAUGAACGGACCAUUGAGUGUAGUGUACCGGAGUGCGAGUGCCCCAACGGAAGAGAUAACGACUUGGAAAGCGGCCCAUGGGAUAUAAAACUGUGUUUGCUUUGCGGGAACGUUGGUGCGCAUGCGCACUGCGCAAAAUUAAAGGGGCAGAUAUAUGUUUGUCCUACCUGUUUGCCUGCUGCACCCAACGAUCCGAAAUAUUUAGAAGCCAUUCAUGCUAUUACUAUUCCGGACCCGAAUCAACCCUCGCGAGUUCAACACGGACCCAGGAUGCCAAGUCGUAUGUCGAUAAGACGGACAAAACCAAGGCUGCGUAAUGUUGGGUCCAGUUCCAACACAACUGAUCCGUUAACUACCACAUUAACAGUACAUUCAGAAAACACGAUAAAUAGUCGUCAAGAGCUAAAUCUUGGAACGCCGUCUCGACCCACAAUCGAACAUUCACAAACGGUUGAUAAUGGAAAUCAGUCGCCGGUUAAACUCUUCAAACAACAGUUGUGUGAAAUGAAAGUGCUGGACAAUUUUGAAUGGGAUUCUGACAGUGUGAUAGAGUUGGUGAGGGAAAAACUGAUGAAACCGAAGCCCCUUUCUAUACGAAAGAAAAUAAUUAGCUUUAUAAUAGAUAGUAUUUUAAAUGAAAAAUUAAAACCAAAUAUCAAAAAACAGAUAAAGGAAUGGAAAUCUCCGAAGAAAGACGUAUUAGAUGUUGAAAUGAAAACUUUAGAAGAAAAUUGUAUAGCACAAGAAUUGAAUGAAUCUAUAAAUGAAAACGAAAAUUUAAAUAAGACUUUAGAAAAUAUAGAUUGUGAUAUAUUUAAAGAUCUGUGUGAAAAUAAAUCAUUAAAUCGUGAAAACGGUACAAAAAUUACAAUUGGAAGUGAAUGCGAUAAUGUUUUAACUAAAGACUUUUUAGAUAAAAACCUACCCAUAGUGAGUGCUAAGUCAAAUCCAAUUUUAUUAAAGAAUGAUUCUUCUAUGGAAAUUUCGGAAAAUAACCAACAAAUUGAUAUUAAUGUAACUCCGGGAAAGAUAAACGAGACAAUUGCCCUGAAAUUCAGUCCAACUAAAGAAGUUUUGGGUGAUAACAUAAAUAUUGACCUUGAAAUAUUUAAAAAUCAUUAUCUGAAUGAAGUGGGUGGCGACCAUUUGUAUAAAACAGAUGCUUUACCAUUGAAUGAAUGUGCAAAAGAAUCAAAAACCAGACGCAGAGAUAAAAAACAUAGAAACCUAAAAAAGCAUCGCAAACAGAAAAAGUAUAAAAAAGACAGAGAACACAGUAAUGUAGAUAGACAUUAUAAAAAUAUCGACAGACAUACAAACAAUGAUUGUAAGAAAGAUAAAAACUAUAAACCUCUAGACAGUACAGGUAUAGUACUAAAAUUUGUUUCGGAGGAAGAAAAUGAGAAUAAAGAAAAACGCAAGCCCGAACUAUCGAUUCGUAAUAAAAAUAUAAAAGUCAAUAUUGAAUGGAAAAAGGAGAAAUUUAAUAUAAAAAUAACUAAUGGGAAUAGGAAAAAACAGCAUGCCAAUAACAUAUUCGAAUAUGCCAAUAAUAAAAUCAUAAUGACGCCCGGCAUAGUCUCCCGCGUUAAGAGAAAAUAUAAGAAAACAGAGAAAAUUACUGAUAAGUUGAAGCAAACAUCGCUUGACAACUUUUUUACUGUCAAGUUUCCUGAAAAAUAAUCAAAAGUUAUUUUUUAUAGUUUAACUUAAAAAAUCGUCAUCAAAAAAUCGCUUUGGCGAUAAUAAUUGUUAGUACUAAUAGAGUACACGGCGCCUUGUGGAACACCAACAUUUAGCUUAUUCAAAUAGGAUUAAAAGCCGUUGUUUUAAAUAUGCUGGCGGCGACGAUAUUAUUUCUUGUAGAAAGAAAAGCAUAACAUUUGAUGUAACGUUUUUGUUAACAACAAUGAGGAUUUUUUAACUCUCAAAGUGAUAAAUCACUUGUAAGUUUGACAAUAAUUUAUUAUUCAAUAUAGUUUGUGAGAUGAGUAAUAAAAAAAGCCAUGGUAUAUUUUCGUAUAAUUCUCAAAUUGACCAAUUUCUCAGGGAGCCAAGGGCUUUGUUAGAAGCGCCACACCCGGUCCAACGCUUUCGCUAAGUCCAAAAUUUCCUGAAAAGCAAUCGAAACGGCGAGCUAUGUAAAUAAUGUAUAUUCGCGUUCGUAUGAAUGAAUUAAAGCAAUGUAUGAAAUUAAUCUAAUAUAUAAAAUUGUGUCGCGGUGUUUGUGGUUAAACUCGGAAACGGUUAGACCGAUUCUCAUGAAAUUUUGUGUGCAUAUUGGGUAGGUCUUAGAAUCGGACAACAUCUAUUUUUCAUCCCCCUAAAUGUUUGUAUUGUACACAAUUUU